AUGGGAGCUUCUUCUUCUGCUGCUGCUGCGCCUCAGGCAGAGGUGAGUCAAAGCACAACAAACACACACACUCAUCGAUGUGUCAGAGCAUCACUGACACAUUCGUUCGCUGGUUUGAUUGAUGUUCGGUUCGUCAGGCAAUGCCAUCCCCGACGCCGUGCCGUUACAAAGAGGGCAGUCGUGUGCAGAUGGUGACCAGCAAGCGGGAGAAGGGCAAGCAGAGGUGGGUCAAGGCCGACGUGUAUCGCAUUGAGGAGGGCAGUAGUGGACGGACGGCGCUUCACUUGAGGGAGGUGGGCGGACACCGGGAAGAGUUCAAAGUGCUGGUGCCGCACAACGAGACCAAGACAUCACCGCAUGGCCAACAGGUAUACGUGACGUCCACACGUCCACUCAAUCACCGCACUUGUGGGGUGGCACGCCCAGGCGCAUGGCGGCUUCCGCCUCACUCACAAGAACUUAGCUGAUCAGGAUGAUAACACAACGGUACUCACACACAGCGACACUCGUGACGCGGCUCACUCUCAUGCUGGCUGCUCUCGCUGACUCAGGCCCUUCGUGGUCUUGGCGACGACCAUCUGUCUUGUGUCUUCAGCCUCAUGACCCCUCGCGAGCUGUCAGCCCUCCCAACCCUCUCCAAGCAGUGGCCGCAAGUCCGCAAGGGGGCCCUUCGCCAGCAGACGCACAUCGCCAUCGACUCUUCUACCGAGGACGCCCGCCAAUUCUGGGACAACAUGACGCCUGAGGAGGCCUUCCAGCUCGGCAAAAAGCUCGUCAACCUGACGGCCCUCACCCUCGUCCAGCCACGCCACGAGCGCUCAUGGUGUCUGCGCAGCAUGAUAUGCAUCGUGGAGGGCCAUGCGGCCGGACGUCGGGAGGCGUGCGAGACGAAGGGACAGCAGCACAUGUCGAAGGGAUCGCUGGAGACCGUCGAAUUGACUACCACCAGCACUACCACCACCAGCAACAGCUCCCCGCCCUUCCAGCUUUCUCCCCUCACCGAGCCCCCGACCCUCCAUGCCCUCAGGGCCGUAUCUGGUGCCGUCCGACAGCACAGUAUCCUUGCCUACAGGGGCUGACGCAUGCCUGCACUCGAGAGUGUGGAGCUGUGGGGGGGUGAUGCCGACGACCUGGGCCGAUUAAUCAGCUCGUCUCAGUCGCUGAAAGAGGUUGGGGGGCGUCGGCGGUCAUGGGAGUGGUGGGCGGCUGUGUUUGAGCACUUUCCUGUCGCAUCCGCCGGGCAGCCAGGGCCGCUCAGACACCUCCAGACCAUCGGAGGGAUCACAUGGGCCCACAAGGACGAGGGACAAGUGAGGCGACUGCAGGUAGGCAACCAUCACCCAGGGGAGGCCUCAUCUGUCUGUGCGCACACACACGAAUGACGUCAUUUUCUCUUUGUUUCUUUCUAGGAUGUGCUCUCAUCGCGUGGCUGCCGCAGGUCGCUGACAAGGCUCGACGUGGAGAUCGCAGCAUUCGAGGACCACGACACCCUCUCUGCCCUGCUUGCUGUCGACGGCUUCAUCAACACAUGUUGCGUCUCGCCAGACGUGCCGCUCAAGGUGACUGGUGCACCAGGUGACUUCGAGCUGUCGCUCCUCUACGCCGACGCAUUCCCCCCUCGCCCCUCGCCCUUCAUCAAGACGGCCAUCAAGGAUGCGGCACGACAGGCGAUAGCCGUGACCUACAGCCUCAGCCAGCAUGACCUCACCCACCCUCUUGACGACCCCAGCCAGGCGGCCGUCGAGAUGGCAUCGAGCCUCUCAUUCGACAAGGCGGAGUAUGUGGUGGUUUGCGAUGCCAUUAGCUUCGUCCCCCCACCAGGCACCCCCCCACCCACCCCCGCCAUCAUCAACCACCUGCAGCAGCUCCCGGGGGCGAGAGAUCUGGAUGUCUACAGCGCUGUGGGCGUUGCUGCUGGCCGGCUGUUGGCACAGAAGAUGCCCAUGCAGGUGGGGCGUGUGUGCUUUGGCGCAGCUGUCAGUGCGCAGGACAGGAUCGGCGUGCUGGAGGCGCUGGGGGAGAGGGUGGCGGUGGGAAAUGUCCUACGGUCAGUCUCACUCUGA